AUGAUAGCAUCAAAAAUUUUAACAAAAGUUGAUUCGUGUGUUGUUGGUUUAUAUAAUGAUGAUAGAAAAUUAAAUAUUUGUCGCAAUAAAAGAGAAUAUGGUCUUUCUAUUGAUACAGAGUACCAAUUCGGUCCUCAGAAUGAAAUCAUUGAAGACAGUAAAGAUACAAAACAAAAUACUUAUUUUCAAAUAGAAAGAAGAAUUCAAUUACCUAUUGAAAAAGGUGGAAAUAGAUAUAUAACACCACUUAUAGAAUCAUUGAUAUUAAAAAUUUUUAUUAUUGAAAUUUGUGAUCAAGAUGUUGCUAUUCAAACAGAUCCUUCAAUUAGAGAUAUUAUUUUAGAUAGAGAUAUUCAGAAUAUACAGUUUCGUGAAUAUAUAACAUCACAUUUAGAAACUGAAUUAAAAGUAGAAUGUGGAGGAUGUGAAUUUCAAGAUCAUAAGAUAAAUUUAUAUUUAAAUCUUAAUAAGUUAAAAGUUUGUUUAUUAGAAAAUGAUCAAAAUGAUAUUAAGAUUUUUAAUCAGGGGAAUUUUGCUUUAGUUGGUUUC